AUGGAUGCAGAUGAAAGGGAAAGAAGUUUGAUAAUCCCAUUGAUCUACACCUUCUUCUGCCUGUGCGUGAGCGUCGGCGGCCUUCUCCUCGUCUUCUACGUCUUCUUUCCGGGCCUGUCUCGGCCGUGGCAGCCCGUUGCCGCCCUAGCCCUAAUCUGCUCCACCUGGCUCUUCUGGCUCUUGACCUACAUUUAUUCCUGCCUCAAGCACUGCCUCCUCCGCCCCGGCCCCGGCCCCGACGCCACCAGAAAUGCCUCCAUGUCUGUCUCCGCCGCCCAACAACGCCGCUCUAGUUUCUCCGUAUAG